CCGUGGAGAUCGUUCGAAACUUUCACUCCCCCUUGUCCGACGGUGCUUCAACUGGAGACGCAAAGAAAAACAUACAAGACGACGCUUGAUGCCAUGUUCGGCGGUGAGGAUCCGCUCGAAGAUGCGGUGGCGAAGAUGCUCAUCAUCCCGCCACAUUGGCGAUGGGACAUUGCCAGUGUGCUCGCCGAGUUUGAGGAUCUGCAUGUUGAGGAUUGGCCGGGGCAAGUCGCAGCAGGGGAAAAGCCACCGCCGGUCAUGCGUCAGCCCGACCAGGGGCACGAACGUGGAAGCAUCAUGGGAGCUCGGAAGGCUUUGAGGACAUGAAGACACCACACAGAGUGCAGCGGAGAGCUCCACGUGCAGACCACCGAUUGGGACACCAACCAUGGCUAUGUCUAGACUGCGUUCGAGGUUGGUCUCCAAGGGACAUAUCUCAACACAAGUUAAAAACAACAUACCCUUUCUCUCUCUG